AUGGCUGAGGACAAGGCAGUACAGAUCCCAAGAGUUCAACUUGGAAGUCAGGGAUUUGAGGUCUCAAAACUGGGGUUUGGAUGCAUGGGCCUGAGUGGGAUCUACAACUCUCCUGUCCUAGAGGAGGAUGGUAUCUCCAUAAUAAAACAUGCCUUCAGUAAAGGAAUCACUUUCUUUGACACAGCUGAUGUAUAUGGACCCCACUUGAAUGAAAUUCUUCUUGGCAAGGCCUUGAAGCAGCUGCCAAGGGAAAAAGUUCAAGUGGCCACAAAGUUCGGUAUUACUGGAAGACCUGAUCCUCCUAGAAUUACAGUGAAGGGCACUCCUGAGUAUGUCCGCUCAUGCUGUGAGGCUAGCCUCAAUCGUCUUGGCGUCGACUACAUUGAUCUGUAUUAUCAGCACCGGGUGGACACGACAGUGCCUAUAGAGGAAACUGUAGGUGAGCUCAAGAAACUGGUGGAAGAAGGAAAAGUAAAGUAUAUUGGGUUGUCUGAAGCCAGCCCGGACACAAUAAGGAGGGCACACGCAGUUCAUCCCAUCACGGCUUUACAAAUUGAGUGGUCCCUCUGGACUCGUGAUAUUGAGGAAGAGCUUAUUCCAGUUUGCAGGGAGCUUGGCAUUGGAAUAGUUCCAUAUAGUCCUCUUGGUCGUGGUUUUUUCGGAGGCAGAGGAGUUGUGGAAGGUGUGGCUGCAAAUAGCUUUGUGGCCAACCAUCCUCGGUUUGUAGGAGAGAACUUAAACAAGAACAAGGAAAUUUACCAUCGAAUAGAAAGCCUUGCAAAAAAGCACCAAACCUCUCCUAUUCAACUAGCACUAUCAUGGGUUCUGCACCGAGGAAAUGAUGUUGUGCCUAUCCCGGGGACAACAAAGAUUAAGAACCUGGAUUCAAACAUUGGCUCCUUGGGAGUGAAACUCAAGGAAGAAGACAUCAAAGAAAUUUCUGAUGCUGUACCAAUUAACCAAGCCGCCGGUGAUAGCGACAGCGGAAUCCUGAUGCAGUGGCAAUGGAAGCUCGCCAACACUCCUCCAAAAGAUUCAAAGAUCUGA